AUGGACCAACUCAACAGCCACAAACUGCGGCACCAGGAGAAAUCCCUCAUCUGCGAAGUGUGCGCCUACUCCUGCAAACGCAAACACCAGCUGCGCCAACACAUGGUCUCCAAACACUCGGAGAAGAACCAUGUGUCCGCCGUGUACCAGUGCAAGUUCUGCCCCUACUCCUCCUCGCACCGCCAGGCUCUGCGGAACCACGAGAACUGCAAACACACCAAGGCCCGGCAGUUCCAGUGCGCGCUCUGCAGCUACACCUCCUUUAGCGCUGUUAGCUUGUUCUUGCACAAGCGGAAAGCACACGGAUAUGUACCAGGAGACCAGGCCUGGCUGCAAAACUACGCUUUGAAGGAGAAGGAGAAGAAUAUCACUGGAGAUUUGACUGUUUUUUUUAGCAACGCAACGUCUAAGGCACCGACGGACGGAAAUCCAACGGAAGUUAGCCCUAAAGAUGCUAGCAAAACAAGCGCUAAAGCUGAUUCUGUUUGCGAUUUGAAUGUUUUGACGCAAGAAGUGGCGAAAAGUGAUAAUGUUGAGAGUCCGAGUGAGGAGUAUUGCACGCUGGUGUUGACUACGCUGCCGAGCAACGACGGGCAAUCUACGAUCCCGCACGACAUGAUCAAAAAAUCAAUAGAUGUAGCGGAACACGGAAGCUUAUCAGGCCAAACUGCUAGCGUAGCAGGUAGUUCCAGCUCAGACGAGGCCAGUUUAGACAAAACAAACCAAGUUGAGGAGUUAGAAAACAUUGAACAAAGCGUUGAAAGUUGUGGCGAGGUGUUACUAAAUGAUAAUAUCGUGAAAGAUUUGAAAGAAUUGGAAAAGAUUGAAGCUAACGCCAUGGUGCUGGACGGUCACGUGGAAGUGCUGAUGCUGCCAACGCAGACGUCUCGCAAAACCAACGCUGAUAAAAAGUUACGUUGUGAAGAUUGCGUCGAAAGCGUCUUUAAACCGACACAGAACUCUUAA